AUGUGGACUGUUCCACGAGGAUGUGCAGACGAUGCAGCGGCAGGCCAGCGUGAAAGUGCAGCAAAAGAACAAAAGUGGAAUGUAAAAAACCUGGUGCAAAAGAGGUCUGCCGUUGCUGGUGUUGCCGACUGCAAAAGACGAGGCAAGUGGCAACUGGACAGUCUUCAAAGCAGACCGGUACAGUCGUGGUGGCGCGAGGUGGGAACAGGAGAAUACCACUUUCAGGUGCACUGCAGAGGCGGGCUGCCAACUUUCAUGCCUCCAUUCAAGACAAUGUAA